ACCAUGGCGCCUCCAUCUUCAACAAAAUUCUCUAUUUCUCCUUCACCAACUUCUCCUUCAGCAUCAAUUGGCGUAUCGCAUCGUCAAUUCUCCAUGUUUCGAUGAUAAUUUCCGCCGUUUCAAUAACGAAGUAGACGCAGCUCCAUCUCAAUCCAAACAUUUCAAUGAAUGGCAAGACUCCUCAGUUUCAGAAACCUUCUCCUCCUCCACUCUCACCCCUUCAAAUCAUUCUCCUCUUCAUCUCUCUCCCCUCAUUCUUCAGAAACCAACGCUUCUCAUUCCGUCACAAGCAGAGCUCUCCAUUUGCUCCAAUGCUGCAAGACCUCAAUCCAUCUCUUCCAAAUCCAAUCCCACUUGAUAACAUCCGGCCUCUUCCGCGACCUCUCCUUCACCGGCCGCCUCCUGAAGCUCUCAUCGAAUUUGAUCAACGAUUUGUGCUACACGCUGUUGAUUUUCAAGCACGCUGAAUCUCCCGAUGCGUUCUGUGUCAACACCGUUAUAAAACAGUAUUCCAGCAGCAGCUGUUAUGAAGAAGCUGUGGUCUUCUAUGUGAAGAUGCUGAGAGGCGGUGGAUUCUACCCCAAUGGAUUCACGUUUCCGCCGUUGAUCAGUGCCUGCGCGAAAUCGGGGUGUUUGAGUUCGGGGAGAAUGUGCCAUGGGCACAUUGUAAAAUUGGGUUUUGACAGUGUUUUACCGGUGCAGAAUUCGUUGAUUCAUUUCUAUGCUUGGUGUGGGGUUAUGGAUGUCGCGCACAAACUGUUUGUCGAAAUGGUUGUUAGAGAUUUGGUUUCGUGGAACACUGUGAUUGAUGGUUUUGCGAAGGCUGGUGAAAUGGGAUUAGCGCAUAAGCUGUUCGAUGAAAUGCCCGAGAGAAAUGUGGUUUCGUGGAACGUUGUGAUUACCGGGUAUUUGAAGCUUCGGAGUCCGGGGAAUUCGUUGAAAUUGUUCAGAGAAAUGAUGGGGCAAUCGUUUGGGAGUAAUGACACUACCAUGGUGCAAGUGAUCACUGCUUGUGGGAGGUCUAAUAGAUUGAAGGAAGGGAGAUCUGUUCAUGGAUUUCUCAUUAGGUCCUUUUCAAGUUUGAGUUUGAUUAUAGAUACAGCUAUAAUUGAUAUGUAUAGCAAAUGUGGUAAGGUCGAUUCGGCUCGACUGGUUUUUGAGAGGAUGCCGAGGAAGAAUUCUGUUUCUUGGAAUGCAAUAAUUUUAGGGCACUGCAUUCACGGCAAUCCAGUCGAGGGACUUAGUCUAUUUGCAGAAAUGCUCGUUGAAAUUAGGGGAAACGAUAGGUUAGCUGCAGAUGAACUUACCUUCAUUGGAGUUUUAUGCGCUUGUGCGCGCCUUGGGUUGUUGGAAAACGGGAGAAAUUACUUUUCCCAGAUGAUCGAUGAUUUCGGCAUCAAACCUAAUUUUGGUCACUACUGGUGCAUGGCUAAUCUGAUGGCCAAUCUAGGUCUAACGGAGGAGGCAGUGAGUGUUUUGAAGAACAUUCCGAUUGAUGAGGGGAUGUCUCAAGAAUCCUCAAUGUGGGCAGGGCUGUUUGGCUCGUGUCGUUUUGAAGGGGAUGUGGCGAUGGGAGAGCAGACAGCGAAAGACUUGAUUGAGCAAGAUCCAUAUAGCUUCUCCGGUUACAAUAUUCUGGUUAAUGUUUAUGCAGCAGCAGGGAAGUGGGAAGAUGUUGCUAGGGUUAAGGAGAUGAUGAGAGAGAGGGGAAUUCAGAAGGCUCCUUGUUUUAGCCUUAAAGAGUUAAAGGAAAUUGUUGAGCAACGUUGAAAAUCGCACGAGUAGGCUGUACGGAUUGCUCAACAGUGCGUUUGGCUUGAGCUCGUGGUUCAGGGAAAGAGAGCUAGCUAGACACACUCUUGAUUGUGAUUUUUUGAUGAUUCUUGUUUGUGAUUUCCAGCAUAAGCAAAUCCAUAAAAUCAAGGACUUCCUUGUCGCUGCUAGAAGGAAGGACGCAUGAUCUGUGUAAAUAAAUGGGAGCAAGGAUGUUCGUUGCUCCAAGUAUCUUUGCGCAUUCGACUCUGAGAAGCUGAAGCAAUCUCUCCCAGCAGGUUCGGUCGUGCCAGAAAUCAGGGGUGGAAACUGCACUUGGUCUUACAGUUGUUGGCUUUACUUGAUUUCUGCAUUGUUUUCCUUUAUGCCAAAUAGAUCAAACAUUAUCCAUCACUCUCUCCAAAUUCGCCGUCGCGAUGUUCGUG